GCGCGGCGGGGGACACGGCGGCCGCGGCGGGGUUCGCUCGGGCGGCGGCGGCGGCAGCGGCGGCGGUAGCAGCAGCGGCGGCGGAGGCGGCGGCCGCAACGGGACCGCCUUCAUCCCGUUGCUCUGCCUUUCCCUCCUCCUCUCUUCCUUCCCGCCGAGGGCUCGUGCACUUCCCCUAACGGCGGCCGGAUCCUACGGUCCCGAAGAGCUGGGGAGACGGAAGUAAAGGCAUGACUUCCCGGCGCCGCAGGGAAAAUAGGGUGCAAGCCCAGAAACUCUUUCCCCACCACCACCUGUUGAAAAACUGAUUUUCGAAGGCGUUUCCGGGUCCGAACAAACGGAAAGUUGCUAGGAUUGGAUGCGUCCCUAGUUCUGCAGUUUUGCACCGGAAAACCCUUACUACUUAAUAUCAAGGAAAAAAAGAACUGGAAAUUAAGCCGAAGAACCUUACUCAGUCAAAAUGGAACGGUUCGUAGUAACAGCACCACCUGCUCGGAACCGUUCUAAGACUGCUUUGUAUGUGACCCCUCUGGAUCGAGUCACUGAAUUUGGAGGUGAGCUUCAUGAAGAUGGAGGAAAACUCUUCUGCACUUCUUGCAAUGUGGUUCUGAAUCAUGUUCGCAAGUCUGCCAUUAGUGACCACCUCAAGUCAAAGACACACACUAAGAGGAAGGCAGAAUUUGAAGAGCAGAAUGUGAGAAAGAAGCAGAGGCCCCUGACUGCAUCUCUUCAGUGCAACAGUACUGCGCAAACAGAGAAAGUCAGUGUUAUCCAGGACUUUGUGAAAAUGUGCCUGGAAGCCAACAUCCCCUUGGAGAAGGCUGAUCAUCCAGCAGUCCGAGCAUUCCUGUCUCGACAUGUGAAAAACGGAGGGUCCAUACCUAAGUCAGACCAGCUGAGGAGAGCGUAUCUGCCUGAUGGAUAUGAGAAUGAAAAUCAGCUCCUCAACUCACAAGAUUGUUGACAAGGCAGUUAUGACCAUUGUGAUCAAGAUUAAUAAUGUGGAGUAUUAAAGUUAAUGUGUUGAUUGUGUGCUUCAUUUUUAUAUUUAUUUCAUUUCAGAUCAUGUGAUACAGAAUAGUUUUGCAAUGUGUAUAUAGUUGCAGGCAAAAGGAAAAAAACCUCACUGUAAAACUUAUGCUUAUGUUAGUCACCAAUGGUAUAAAGCAAAACUUAGCUAUAGAGUGUAUUAGGAUAUCUGAAACCUGGUGGUUAUCUUUAAAACUGAUGGGUUUUCUUCUGAAAUGUUUGUGCAUGGAAGAACUGCCCUGCGUUGUAGCCCUGUUGCCAUGUAUGAUUAUUUCUUGUGAGGUGACUUAAUUAUUUGGAUUAAGAACUAGCCUAGAAAAUUUAAGCUGCUGCCAGACUAUACCACUCACAGGAACUUGAAGUUCUUUUCGAGAUAGAAUGGUAGGCAGGAAAUGUUCUUAGAGCUUGAGAUCUCUAGAAGAAAUGGCUGUUCAAACUCCAUUUUGUUUAUAUAUGAAAUAAUUGCCUACCCUUCAUUUCCUCGCGGUCUUCACCUUUUUAGAGAUUUGUACACAAUAGCAGCUUCAAGUGACCAAAAGACUAAAAUCUCUCUAACGUCUGCCAAAAGCCUUGGGGGAUUUUGCAGUGAUGAGAUUUUAGUCUCGAACAUGAACACAAAUUUUUGAACCAUAGUUUUCAUGUUAAACAUCAUCUUAGAUUUGCAAACUUUUUAUGUCUUGGUACUAAAGGACUACAGGACUGGUUUUUUUUUUCAUUUAAAUACACUGUGGUUCAGUUUUUUUUUUUUUUAACAAGGAAUUAGUAGUUACUUUUUGGCUCACAGCAAAUAAAAAACUUGCUUUCUAUACAGUAAUUUUUCCAUAAGAUUUUAUGUUUAUUUAGGUAAAUAGGCUAGGAGUGAGUUUUAGUUUGACUUUUACUGCUUUGCCUCUGGUGACAUAGGGUUUUAAACUUGGAUGCUAAACAGUUGUCUAAUAAAUGAGGCACGAAUUUUAUAGUAGAGAUAAGCAGGAUGCUGCUUAGCUGUUUUUGAGUCAGAAAAUCAGUUCUGUUAAAGGUCAACCAUGUUUAGGUUCUCUGAACCUCACUGUUCUGUAAGCUUUUUAAAAGUAAUUUAGCUCAGAUAAGUCCUCUUCAUCAGAUCCAAAUUAUAUUUUUUAAAAGUUUAGUAACUGAAGACUUAGUUAGAGCUUUAAUAUAAAAAUUUAAAAAAAAAUCAAAUAGUUGAAAACAUUGAAGUUAUAUUUCUAUUGUAAAUCAGUGGCAUGAUGCCCUGUGUGACUUGGAGUUAUCUUUCAGGUCAUUGUGCCGCAAAUUUCCAUUAAACAAAAAGCCAAAGUUAGUAAAUAAUAAUAAUAUAAUUUGGGGGUUGGUUUAUGUUUUUGGGGAUUUUGUUUUGUUUUGGAUUUGCUAUUCUUUUUUUGGUUUUUGGUUUUGACUUGUUCUUGAUUUUUUUGAAACAUGAUCUUUCUACAUAGACCUGCUGUCCUGGAGCUCACUCUGUAGACCAGGAUAGCCUUGAACUCACAGAGAUCCUCCUGCACCUGCCUCUUUCCCUCUUGAGUGCUGGGAUUAAAGGCGUGCACCACCACGCCCAGCAAUAAUUUGUGUUUUUAAGAACAACUUGUCUUAAGGGUCUUUUGUAGAUUUAACUUUCCCAAUUCAGGUUGUCAAAGUGACCAAUUGCUUCUUUUAAAACCCUGCUGUGGAAAGGAAAGUCAGUUCUCAAAAUUUGUAGUUUCCAUUUUCUCAUGUUUGGUUAUAUUUACGUAGAACGUAAAUGUCUAGGCUAGUUGUUUACUAACUGCAGUUGGUAAAGCACAGAUCAUCAGCAAAGUGUAAACAGUAUAUUCUACUCUCUCAAAGAAUUUGCAGGCAACCAUGUUUAAAUUGUCUUGAGAUGGUAGGAUGUCUAAGCAACUAAAAUAAUUGAAUUUUGUACCACUAUUUUCAGAAUAAAAACAAAUCAUUUUAAUUUUUUCAGGAUUCCAUGUGAUUUGGACUAUUCCCUAUUGUCUGGGACUAUGCACUAUCAGUAAACAUGGCAGAACAGUUUCUAGUAAUCCCCUAACAUGUUGGAUGUUGCACUAGGAAAACAAUUCACCUUUGCCUUUCUUGCAGUUAUUUUUACUGACUUCACAGUCACUUAGUUCCUAUAGAAAUGUUUUUCCAGGCUUGCAACUGUUCUUACGUUUUUGCAUCUCUAGGGGCAUAGUUCACUCUGUUAGGCUUGUAUCAUGUCCUUAGAAUGAGUUUUUCAUUCCCUUGGGGGAAAGUUACUAUUAAUGUUGCUUCACUGAUUAUGAAAGUUUGUUUCUUGGAACUGGUUAAAUUUGUCUCAUAAAUAAUAAGAGUGGUUAUAGUAGCCUGCUCAAACUGGGAAAGAUUUGCAAAACUCUGAUUGGCAUGUUAGAUAGUAAAGGCAUGUGCUACUUGGGAGGCAAAGUGAACGUGUACAGAAGCUUUCGAUCUUAGUUAUAUAGUGGUAGUAUGAUGCUAUACUAUUGGACCAAUAGCAGCUCUUUUUUUAUAAGUUGAAUGCAUUAUAUUUCAUUUAUAAACUGCCUUCUACACAUACUUACCUGUUAUGUUUUCUCAGAGUGUUGUAGUAUGUCUUCCAGAACCUCGCUAUAUUCUGACAGUAAAUAGUCCUAGCUUGUUGAAUUUUCUGUUGGUUUCUUUUUCAUUAUCUGUGGCAUAUAGCAAGCCUGAAAGAUAUUGUAAUCAUAUUUUACAGAGUGAGGAAUUAGAUUGUGUAUGAGAACCUAUAUAGUUAUUUUAUCCAUUAUCUUUGAUUAAAGCUUUCUAAUAUUAUUUAGUAAGUGCUUCUUCCAGUUUAUGCCUGUGGCCCUCUGAAUAAGGGACCAGAAAACAGCAAAUUUUACAUCUUACUCUUUAAAUAGUUAAGUGUCUGCUUGGAAGUGAUCUGAAGUUGGACGUACAGUUGGCAAAAUUUCCAAGCUGAAAUUUGGUCUCAAAGAAUUUGUGCAUGAAACAUAGCAAGUACAUGAAAGCAAAUCAAACUUAAGGCGACCUGAAACCAAGGCUAGAAGCGAGCUUUCAUUUGGUUCUCAGUCUUUGUGAGGGCUUGCUUGUUGGACUUAACUGCCAUUCAAUGAGGACAGAUCACCUUAAAAUAAUUGAUUUACAUGGAAGGUUAGUCCUAUAGUUUCGAUUGCUUUGUCUUUCGGCCAGCACUGAUGAGUAUGUGAAGUGGCUAUCCUAAACCUUGGAUGAUCUCAACCCAUACUCAGAUCGCUGAGGUAACUAUGGUCCUUACCUAGUGCUAUUCUACUUGUAUCCAGAAAGCUGUAUUAAAACUUUACUAUGUUAAUUUUCGUCUUCCUGUGCUUAUUUUUUACUUUUGCUCAUGCACGUAUUUUAGUAUAAAUGUGUUGCUUUUUAAAAGUUUGUGACAUUUAGAAAUAAAUUUCAAAAAGUU